UCUUCUUGUGGAGUGUUGAGGUUGGUGAACAUGUAGAGUUUGCCUGUUGUCACUAGCAGACGAUUUUCCUUCAAAACACCUGGUAACACAGCUUCAAUCAUGAAAUUAUUGCAAAAUGUUGUGUCGAAACGAGCCUGUCUGCCCAUAACAAACCUCCUCUCUUCAUCGUUACAAAGAAUUGGCACAGAGCAGACGUGUUCAUAUUCGUCUGGAGCACCAAGAAAUUUACCGGAAGAUAAUGUUAUGAACAUUUUUGAUAGAAAUGCCAAAAGGAUUCAGAAGGAGCGAGCAGCGUUGGAUCCGGAAGUAGCAGUGUUCGACUACUUAAAGGAAGAAGUUGGUUUUCGGUUAUCUGAGCGGAUUCUGGACAUAAAACGGAAAUUCGGAAAAGUUGUUGAUUUAGGUUGUGGCCGUGGUUAUGUAUCGAAGCAUGUGAUAUCAUCUUCAGUAGAAGAGUUAGUGAUGUGUGAUAUGAGUCCUUCAUACCUAGAGCAGGCUGUUGGCCCGGAAGAAGGAGUCAAAUGUCAUCGCUUGGUAGUUGAUGAAGAGAAACUCCCAUUCGAACCCAAUUCCAUUGACAUGUUUGUUAGUAACUUGAGUCUGCAUUGGGUAAAUGACCUUCCGGGAACUUUUGCCCAAAUUAAUAGAUGUUUGAAAAAUGAUGGAUGCUUUCUUGCGUCCCUUUUUGGUGGUGACACCCUCUUUGAGCUGAGGUGUUCAUUACAACUAGCGGAGCUUGAAAGACAAGGAGGGUUAGCAGCACACAUAUCCCCAUUUGCAGAUGUCCGCGACAUAGGGGGUCUUCUUCAACGGGCUCAAUUCACAAUGCUUACAAUUGAUACUGAUGAGAUCAUCAUCAACUACCCAUCCAUGUUUGAAGUCAUGUGGGAUGUGAAAGGUAUGGGUGAAAAUAAUGCUGCAAGAAAUCGAAAGUUGAACAUCCCAAGAGAAACUCUCAUGGCUGCUGCUGCGAUCUAUGAAAAUAUGUAUGGCAACAAUAACGGCAAAGAUGGAAGCAGAGCUGUUCCUGCAUCUUUUCAGGUUUAUUAUUUGCUUGGCUGGAAACCAGACCCAUCUCAGCCCAAGCCUAAAGCAAGAGGUAGUGGACAGGUUUCCCUGAAGGAUCUUCAUCAACUUGAUGAAAUAGUGAGGAAACAAGGUGAAAUUGAGUUGGACAAUAACACAGAGAAGAAGUAGAUUGUAGAAGAAAAUAAAAUUUUCAUAUAGGUUGAGA